CCAUAUACUACAACAGUAUCAAAGUGCUCUAUUUUGGGCCGAUAAAGUAGCUUCACUCUCUCAUGAGGAACCCCAGGACGUUUAUUGGUUGGCUCAGUGUCUUUACCUGACAGCACAAUAUCAUAGAGCAGCUCAUGCACUUCGGUCACGAAAACUAGAUAAAUUGUAUGAAUCUUGCCGCUACCUUGCAGCUAGAUGUCAUUAUGCUGCGAAAGAGCAUCAGCAGGCUCUCGAUAUUCUUGAUAUGGAGGAGCCUAUCAACAAACGAUUAUUUGAGAAGUAUUUAAAGGAUGAAAGUGGCUUGAAAGACACCCCCAAUGACUGGGAAAUGUCACAGUCCUCAAUAAAGAGUUCUAUUUGUCUUUUACGAGGGAAAAUCUAUGACGCUCUAGAUAACCGAACCCUAGCUACCUAUAGCUAUAAAGAAGCUUUGAAGCUCGAUGUCUAUUGUUUCUAAGCAUUUGAUCUUUUGACAUCACACCACAUGUUGACAGCCCAAGAAGAAAAAGAACUUCUUGAAUCACUACCUCUUAAUAAGCUCUGUACUGAAGAACAGGAAUUGCUACGUUUUCUAUUUGAGAACAAAUUAAAAAAGUAUAAUAAACCGAGUGAAACUAUCAUCCCCGAGUCUGUAGAUGGUUUGCAAGAGAAUCUGGAUGUGGUAGUAUCUUUAGCUGAAAGACAUUAUUAUAACUGUGAUUUUAAAAUGUGCUACAAGCUUACUUCUGUAGUAAUGGAAAAAGAUCCUUUCCAUGCAAAUUGUUUACCUGUACAUAUAGGGACACUUGUGGAGCUGAAUAAAGCAAAUGAACUUUUCUAUCUUUCUCAUAAAUUGGUGGAUUUAUAUCCUAGCAACCCUGUUUCUUGGUUUGCAGUGGGAUGCUAUUAUCUCAUGGUUGGUCAUAAGAAUGAACAUGCCAGAAGAUAUCUCAGUAAAGCUACGACACUUGAGAAGACCUAUGGGCCUGCGUGGAUAGCAUAUGGACAUUCAUUUGCAGUUGAAAGUGAACAUGAUCAAGCAAUGGCUGCUUACUUCACAGCAGCACAGCUGAUGAAAGGAUGGAAAACAGCAGAAAAAUGGUUUCUUGAUGCUUUGGAAAAAAUUAAAGCAAUUGGGAAUGAGGUAACUGUUGACAAAUGGGAACCUUUGUUGAACAACUUGGGGCAUGUCUGCAGAAAACUUAAAAAGUAUGCUGAGGCAUUGGAUUAUCACCGUCAGGCAUUGGUAUUAAUUCCGCAAAAUGCAUCCACCUAUUCUGCCAUAGGGUAUAUCCAUAGUCUGAUGGGCAACUUUGAAAAUGCUGUGGACUAUUUCCAUACGGCCCUUGGACUUAGGCGAGAUGAUACAUUUUCUGUUACAAUGCUUGGUCAUUGCACUAAAAUGUACAUUGGUGAUUCUGAAGCUUAUAUUGGAGCAGACAUUAAAGACAAAUUAAAAUGUUAUGACUUUGAUGUGCAUACAAUGAAGACACUAAAAAACAUUAUUUCACCUCCGUGGGAUUUCAGGGAAUUUGAAGUAGAAAAACAGACUACAGAAGAAACAGGGCUUACACCACUGGAAACCUCAAGGAAAACUCCAGAUUCCAGACCUUCUUUGGAAGAAACCUUUGAAAUUGAAAUGAAUGAAAGUGACAUGAUGCUAGAGACAUCUAUGUCAGACCACAGUACGUGAUUCCAAAUGGGUCCUGACUUUGUUUUGUCCUAGCGUAGAGUAGGUCAGUCAGUGUUCUUCACAUCCGUGUCAUGUCUUAAGAAUUUCCCAUUUCUUAACAUGAAUCCAGACCAUACUUCUACAUUUAGGAACAGAGACCGGCCUUAAGAGACUGCAUAGCACACCUUUGCAGCAGAUAUUUUCUGAUCCUACAAAACAGUUAUACAUAGUGGAAUAAAGAAGGUAAAGCAUCAAAAAAAAAA